UUUUUCUAUGAAAUGUUUAAUUUUUUUUAUUUAGGAAACAAACAGUCUCUCUCAUUCCCAUACCAUUUUUACUCUUACUAUAUUUUGAUCAAACUGUAACUAAUUACUGCCUAAAUACUGGUUACUUUUUUUCGUUAAACUAAUUUCAAAACAGUCACAAUAUUGAAGUGACAAAAUACGUCACUUUGAUAUUUAUAUCACCUAAUUUCUUAAAUAUUAGAAAACAAUAACAAAUAAUUAAAAUGUAUAGCAAACGCAAAAAAAUUCAACAACAUGAUCUGAUAUUUGACAAUACUACCAGAGAUGAAAUUCCAAAGCGAGGAUAUUACUCGGAAUUAGUUUCAGAAUUGUCAAAAGAUGAUCCCUCUAGAGAUAUUUGUACCAAGAAACGAAUGAAAUUAAUAUUACAGGCAAAAACGGAUAAAUUGGCGCCUAUGCUUGUCUCGUUACCAAAACCGCAGAGACCUAAACUAUUGUUACCCCCUGGCCGAUGGACGACUUACAGAGAAGACGAAAGCAUUCAAUUUCCGUUUGAAACAUUUGUCCCGAAACUACAGUUUUUGAGCAUUGUUUUGCCUAAAGAACUGCCUAGGUUAGUGAAGAUUGAGCGGUUGAGAAGAAAAUUUCUUGCUGCAAACAUAAAGAAAAUGCUUCGCGAGCUCGGUAUACAGCCGUACUGGUUGCUACCUAUUGAAGAGUUCAAGGUCACAGAACAGGAACACUAUGGCCUCUAUAGUCCCUUCCCGAAACUCGACUUGGAAGUUUUUGAUAAUACUGAUUUUGAUUGCCGUGUCCCGGAGGAGUGGAUGUCUUUGGGCUUGAUCGAGGGCGAGCAGUACCCUUGCCCCGGCCUCGCCUUCAUACCCAAGGACGACUCCAAGCCCGGCAAGCCCGACGGUGACGUCAUACAGAUCCUGAACAACCUUUACGAGUGGACCAAUGUGGCGGCCAUGAAUUAUGAUAAGGUGACAGAUACGUGGGAUGUGAUGGCGUUAGACGGGAGCAAGAGGAGAUACACGAUCCCUCGCAUCCGCCUGAUGUUUAAAGCCGAUGAUCCCGAGACCUUUGCGCAGCGCAUCAAGUUCGCCGUCGAGUUUCGAAAGGAGGUCGAGAACAAUCUAAGGUUCUACCUGUAUUUGGAUUGCCUGCUGCUGGAAGGCUUGCCCAUGAUGCCACUACAUAACAUGCCUAAAAUAAUCAAGAUGGUUCGCAUUCAUCGCCAGGCGAAGGAAGUCGACGAGGACCACAUGAACGCGCUCAGAAAUGAAGCAGAAUUGCUGUACAGGAAGAUGGAAGGGAAAAUGAAAAUAAUAUACACGAUACAGAAAUACAGUGACUUGUACAACUUCAUCGAUGUGCCGACGAAGGACUACGUGGCCCCAGUGCCUGAUUAUGGGCGCUACCCGUGCGUGAUGGAGGACUUCCCGGGCCGCAUGAAGUACAACCAGUGGCACUCGCUGUACGUGCUCACCGAGUCCGUGGCCUGCAUACACCUGGUCGUUGACGAGUGUCUCAAGGUGGAGUCGAUGUUGUUCUUCACGGCUAACUACGGCCGGAACGCCAGCCUGGCCGAGUUCGACGCCGCGCAGCAACACUGCACGUCCAUGAUGUUAAAAUAUCUGAAUAUAAGUUGGCUGAACCAAACGGCGCACGCCAUUAGGAUGUCCUUUCGAGAUGUCGGAAAAGGAUGGUUCAACAUAUAUGAAAAGAAAUGGGAGUUCUACGGCGUCAGCAAACUGGCCAGGUUCAUGCAGCUCGUACGAUUUAGGAUGCAGUACGCGCUGCGCUACUGCAUCGAGCAGUCCAUGCUGAUGCUGGUGUCGCUGCUGGAGACCCCGUGCCUGUGCACGUACUGGUGCCCGGACGACUACGAGUGGGACUCCAGCGACCUCAUCAACUCGCCCUUCCGCUCGCCCACCGUCACGCUCUUCUACUUCCACCUCAUGAUGGCCGACACCGGGCCCUACUAUACCACCGACCCCACGCAGUUUGAGGUGGUGAUCCAGAGGCUGUUCCGGGAGAUGCUGUACCGCUGCCACUUCAUCCCGCAGGUGCACCCCAUGAUCAUGACCGGCCUGGUCUUCGACAAGGAGUUGUUUCUCACAUCUAUAGGUCUGAUGGAGCCCAACGUGGUGGACUACCGCGAGCGGCUGCUGAAGGCGUACCGCCGCGCCAUCAUCCCGCUGUACGCCUACAUGCGCCAGUACCAGUGCUACCGGGACAUCUACGUGCUGGACAUCGACAGCUACGUCGAGAACUUCCGUUCCGAGAAGCACUCGGCGUCAGAGACCCGCGAGGAGGUCCAGAUCCACUACGACGCGAAGCAGGACCUCAUCUGGCGCCUGCCGCAACUCAUCAAUAUCGGACCCUUCUCCAUUAACGUGGACACCUUGAAGCAAGUGUUGGUGAACAAACGGUCGGACAUAAUAAAGGCGCUGCUGAUAAUGUGGUCGGAGGAGGUCCGGCUGGUGGUGGAUGACGUCAUCACGGCCUACAAGAACAUCAUGCGCAAGCUCGGCGAGAAGCCCAACACCAUCGAGCACGUGUUCGAGAUCCGCGAGUGGAUGGAGUCCAUACCCUUCGCGCUCAAGACGCAGGACGACAUCAUGAGGAAGGUUCACGCGGACUACGAAGUUCUAGACGUGUUCUUCAUGCCUCUAGAAAAUGAUGAUUUUAAAGCUCUAUGGGAAGCCAUCGGUUGGCCGCUUCAAAUAACUAAACAAGUGGACGCCACCAUCGAGUUCCUGGAGGAGGAGCAGGAGAAGUUCUGGAAGCUGCACAUGCAGGACGAGCAGACGCUGUACGACAAGAUAGACAUGUUCACCGCGCAGUGCAUGACGCUCACGCUGCAGAACGACUUCUCUAAGGUGCACGAGAUAGCCAACGACAUCAAGAAGGCGUGGAAGGCGAUGAAGGACGCUCAGGACUGGGGCCGCAUCCUCAACCAGCGCCAGAAGCUGUUCGGACAGCCCGUCGUGCCCUUCGCCGACCUCAACAAGCUCGUCAAGGAGUUCGAGCCCUACAGGAACCUUUGGGUCACCGCUUCAGACUUCCUGAAGGCCCGCGAGGUGUGGCUGGACAACCCGCUGAUGUACGUGGACGCGGACACCAUCGAGCCGCUCGUCAACGAGUACUACAAGACCAUCAUCAAGUGCGUGCGGACCUUCGCCGAGCUGCCCAAAGUGCAGCAAGUCGCGCUCACUAUUAGGGAUGACAUCGACAACUUCAGGCCGUUGAUCCCGAUCAUACAGGCGGUGCGCAACCCGGGCAUGAAGGAGCGCCACUGGAACGAGUUCAUGGAGAAAGCCGGCAUAACGGUGACGAUGAACGAGAAGCAGACGUUCCAGAUGUGCAUGAAGCAGGGCGUGGCGGCGCACGGCCAGCUGAUCGCGGACAUCGGCGAGCUGGCCAGCAAGGAGUACGUCAUCGAGCAGUCGCUGGACAAGAUGCAGGCCGAGUGGGCCAACAAGGUGCUCGAGAUGUCGCCCUACAAGACCACCGGGACCUUCAUAAUGAAGAUCGCAGACGAGACCCUGCAGCUGCUGGACGAGCACCUGCUGGCCACGCAGCAGCUGGGCUUCAGUCCCUUCAAGGCGGCCUUCGAGCUGCGCAUCCAGGAGUGGGACGACAAGCUGCGCCUCACGCAGAAGGUGGUCGACGAGUGGAUCGAGUGCCAGAAGGAGUGGAUGUAUUUGGAGCCGAUCUUCACAUCGGAGGACAUCUCCCGCCAGCUGCCGCUUGAGGCCAAGAAGUACGGCACCAUGGAGAGGAUCUGGCGACGGAUCAUGUCGUCAGCCGCCGCCUGUCCCAAGAUAAUGAUAAUCUGUCCGGACAGCCGGCUGCUGGACAGCCUGCUGGAGGCCAUCCACCUGCUGUCGGUGGUGUCGCGCGGCCUCAACGAGUACAUGGAGCUGAAGCGGCUCCGCUUCCCGCGCUUCUUCUUCCUCAGCGACGACGAGCUGCUGGAGAUCCUGUCGCAGUCCAGGAACCCCAGGGCAGUACAGCCCCAUCUCAGGAAGUGCUUCGAGAACAUCGCCAAGGUGACGUUCCAACCAGACCUGAAGAUCACGCACAUGCACUCGAGCGAGGGCGAGGUGGUGGAGCUCAAGUACCAGUUCUACCCCACCUCCAACGUGGAGCAGUGGCUGCUGCUGCUCGAGGACACCAUGAGGCACUCCAUCCGGCUGACGCUGAUCGCGGGGCUGGAGGAGCUGUGGGCGCUGCCGCGCGCGCAGUGGGUGCUGCGCUGGCCGGGGCAGGUGGUCAUCGCGGGCUCGCAGACGGCCUGGACCGCCGGCGUCGAGGCCGCCAUCGACGACUACCGCAUGGACGUCUACUUCGAGGAGAUGCUGCGCACGCUGGACACGCUGCGCGCGCUGGUGAAGGGCGAGCUGACGUUCUUCCAGCGCGAGGUGCUGUGCGCGCUCAUCGUGGUGGAGGUGCACGCGCGUGACGUCACGCACACGCUCGUCGACGAGAACGUGCGCAACGUCGCCGACUUCCAGUGGAUCUGCCAGCUCAGGUACUACCAGAUCGUGAAGCCGAUGUACCCGCUGGAGCCGGGCGAGCUGCCCGAGAUCCGCCAGGACGAGUACCACCUGGACACCAGCGCCUUCUACCGCCAGUUCAGCCAGAACCGCUGCGACGUCAAGGCGCUCAACGCAGUCUUCACGUACCAGGACGAGUACUUGGGGAACAGCGGUCGGCUAGUGAUCACCCCUCUGACGGACCGCUGCUACCUGACGCUCAUGUGCGCCAUGCACCUGAAGUUCGGGGGCGCGCCCGCCGGGCCCGCCGGCACCGGCAAGACCGAGACCACCAAGGAUCUCGCAAAGGCUCUAGCUGUGCAGUGCGUAGUGUUCAACUGCUCGGAUCAGCUGGACUUCAUGGCGAUGGGCAAGUUCUUCAAAGGUCUCGCCGCUUCCGGCGCGUGGGCCUGCUUCGACGAGUUCAACCGGAUUGAUAUUGAAGUGCUGUCCGUGGUUGCACAACAGGUGGCGACGAUCCAGAAGGCCCAGCUGGCUCGUCAGGACAGGUUCAUGUUCGAGGGUGUGGACUUGCCCCUCAAGGCCUCCUGCUCCGUCUUCAUCACCAUGAACCCUGGAUACGCAGGCCGUACGGAGUUACCGGACAACUUGAAGGCCCUGUUCCGUCCGAUCGCGAUGAUGGUGCCGGACUACGCGCUCAUCGCCGAGAUCUCGCUGUUCUCCUUCGGCUUCGGCGAGGCCAAGAUCCUGGCCGGCAAGAUCACCACCACCUUCAGGCUCAGCUCUGAACAGCUGUCCGCUCAGGACCACUACGACUUCGGCAUGCGCGCGGUGAAGACGGUGAUAACGGUAGCCGGCAACCUCAUCCGCCAGAUGCCGGACGGCGACGAGCGGCAGAUAGUGCUGCGCGCGCUCAGGGAUGUCAACGUGCCCAAGUUCCUGGCGGACGACCUGGUGCUAUUCAAUGGUAUUAUAUCGGAUCUGUUCCCACGCGUGGAGAUACCGGUCGUGGACUACGGCAUCAUGGAGCAGUCCAUCAGGCUGAUGCUCGCUAAGAAGGGAUACGACGACUUAUAUUCGUUCAUAUUCAAAGUGAUUCAGUUGUACGAGACGACGGUGGUGCGACACGGCCUCAUGGUGGUGGGGCCGGCCGGCGCGGGCAAGACCAAGUGUUACGAGACCCUUCGCGACGCCCUGACCGCCAUCAAGGGCAAGCUGGCCCCGGACGGGUUCCCCUUCACGCCGGUGCACACGUUCGUCGUCAACCCCAAGUCCAUCACCAUGGGGCAGCUCUACGGGGAGUUUGACAUGCAGACACAUGAAUGGACUGACGGCAUCCUGUCGAGCCUGGUCCGCGCGGGCAUCGCCGUCGAGGACAUGGACAAGCGCUGGUACGUGUUCGACGGACCCGUCGACGCAGUGUGGAUCGAGAACAUGAACACUGUGCUAGACGACAACAAGAAGCUGUGCCUGUCCAGCGGUGAGAUCAUGAAGCUCACAGACCGGCAGCGCAUGAUCUUCGAGGUGGCGGACCUGGCGGUGGCCAGCCCCGCCACCGUGUCCCGCUGCGGGAUGGUGUACCUGGACGCCAAGGUCGUGGGCCUGCCGCCGCUGGUCAACGCCUGGAUCAAGAGCAACCUGCCGCCUAUCGCGGACCCCAUCCGCAAGCAGCUGCUGCCGCUGAUCGCCACGUACCUGUACCCCGCGCUGGAGCUGCUGCGCGCGCGCCUGCUGGAGAUCGUGCACUCGCUGGACUGCGCGCUGGUCCUCAAGUUCCUGGAGCUGCUGGACUACCGCCUGCGCCCGCUCACCGGCAAGGACGACCGCCCGCCGCCGCCCGCCAACUUCCUCGCGCUCAUGCCCCGCCUGGCCCCGCUGUGGGUGGUGUGGGCGGUGAUCUGGUCGGUGGGCGCGACCUGCGACCACAACAGCCGCGUCGUGUUCUCCGACUUCAUCCGCGAGACCACGCGCGACGCCGGCCUCAAGCCGCUGUUCCCCGACGAGGGACGCGUCUACGACUACACUCUCCAUGACGGCGGGUUCACGGACCCGACAGAGGACGGCGAGCCGGCCAACCCCUACUGGUACAGCUGGAUGGCCAAGGUGGGCACCUACGUCGUCGACCCCGAGUGGCAGUACGCCGACAUCGAGGUCCCGACGAUGGACAACGUGCGCAGCGCGGCCAUCCUGGGCUACAAGAUCGUGAACUACAACCACGUGAUCUGCGUCGGCCCCACCGGCACCGGCAAGACCGUCACCAUCCACGCCAAGCUGUCGCGCGGCCUGCACAGGAAGUUCAUCUGCGAGUUCCUCGUCUUCUCCGCCAGGACCUCCGCCAACCAGACGCAGGACGUGAUAGACGGCAAGCUAGAGCGUCGCCGCCGCGGCGUGUUCGGUCCGCCGCCCACCAAGCGGCAGGUGUUCUUCAUCGACGACCUCAACAUGCCCGCCCUAGAGGUGUUCGGGGCGCAGCCACCCAUCGAGCUGCUCAGGCAGUUCAUGGACUUCGGAGGGUGGUACGACCGGCACAACAUCGGCGAGUUCAAGACGCUGGUGGACGUGGGCAUCGUGGCGGCGAUGGGUCCGCCCGGCGGCGGCCGCAACCCCGUCACCAUGCGACUCAUGAGGCACUUUCACUAUAUCUCCUUCACUGAGAUGGAGUACUCCAGCAAGUAUGGGAUAUUCGAGGUGAUCCUCAAAUCUUGGACGAAGAACAUGGACCCUAAAGUAACCAUCCGGGAGCCGCCCUUCCUCAAGAGCUCCAUCGAUAUCUUCACCUCUUUAGUGGACGAGCUGCUUCCCACGCCCACCAAGUCGCACUACACCUUCAACCUGCGGGACCUCAGCAAGGUGUUCCAAGGGGUCCUCAUGAUGGACCCUAAGAUUGUGAAGCAUGAGGACGACGUGAUCCGGCUGUGGUACCACGAGCACCUGCGCGUGUACCAGGACAGGCUGGUCAACGACGAGGAUCGCCAGUGGUUCGUCAAACUCAUAAACAGUAAGAUUCGCUCGGAGUUUGGUAAAAACCCUAAAGAUAUCCUCGCGAACCGGCUGAUGCUGUUCGGGGACUUCAUGGACCUCGGGACGGAUGAUAAGAAGUACGUCGAGAUUGUCGACCAGGAAGAGCUGGACGAGGUCCUGUCGCACUACCUGGAGGAGUACAACAUGGCGACGACGGCGCCGCUGGACCUGGUGCUGUUCGAGGACGCGGUGGCGCACCUGUGUCGCGUGGCGCGCAUCAUGCGCCAGCCCAUGGCCAACGCGCUGCUGCUGGGCAUGGGCGGAUCUGGUCGCCAGUCCCUGUCCCGGCUGGCCGCCAACAUGGCCGAGCUGGCCUGCUUCCAGAUCGAGAUCACGAAGGCGUACGGCGUGUCGGAGUGGCGCGAGGACCUGCGCCAGACCAUGAUGAAGGCGGGCGUGGAGAACCGCGGCAUCGUGUUCCUGUUCUCUGAUGCACAGAUAAAAAUGGAAUCAUUCCUCGAAGACCUGAACAACAUCUUAAGUUCUGGCGACGUACCCAACAUAUAUGAAGUGGAGGACUUGGACAAGAUCUACCAGGCGGUGCGUCACGCCGUCAUGGAGAUGAACCUGACUGCCACCAAGGCGAACCUGUUCGCCUGCUUCCAGAGGAGGGUGCGCAGCAACCUUCACAUCGUCAUCGUCAUGAGCCCUAUUGGAGAGGUGUUCCGCGCCCGGCUGCGGCAGUUCCCGUCGCUGGUGAACUGCUGCACCAUCGACUGGUUCAGCGAGUGGCCCAAGACCGCGCUGGAGUCCGUCGCCUACCACUUCUUCGAGAGCAUGGGCGAGCUCACCUCCGCCUCCGAGGACGUCUUGCAUGCUAUGGUGUCGAUGACUUGCUUCGCGCACCAGACGGUGGUGGACGCGAGCGCGCACUUCAAGGAGCAGCUGAACCGCAUCAACUACGUGACGCCCAUGUCCUACAUGGAGAUGCUGGGCGCUUACGCCGAGAUGUUCAAGAAGAAGCAGAAGGCCAUCCUCACUGAGUCCAACGCGUUGAAGACUGGUCUGGACAAGCUGAACCAGACGGAGGUGGAGGUGAAGCAGCUGCAGAUCGAGCUGGCCGAGCUCAAGCCGCUCAUGGAGCAGGCGGCCGAGGAGACCCGCCAGGUCAUCCAGCAGAUAGCCACCGACACCGCUAUAGCUGAGGAGGCUCGUGAGAAGGUGGAGAAGGAGACGGUGAUGGCGGAGAAGAUGGCCGCCAUCAACGCAGCCAUGACGGAAGACGCGCAGCGGGACUUAGAGGAGGCCAUGCCAGCCCUCCGCGCGGCCGAGAAGGCGCUGCAGGAGCUGAACCGCAACGACAUCGUGGAGGUGAAGGCCAUGAAGAAACCGCCGCAGGGGGUCGUGCUCGUCAUCGAGUCGCUCUGCGUCGUCUUCGAUAUCAAACCCAUCAAGGAGCCAGGCGCGGCAUACGGCGAGAAGGUCCUGAACUACUGGAAGCCGGGCUCACAGAUGCUGGCCGACCCCGCCUUCCUCGACUCCCUCAUGAAGUUCGACAAGGAGUCCAUCACCGAGGACAUGAUCAAGAAGCUCAAGCGCUUCGUCGUCAACCCUGACUAUGACCCGUCAAUUAUUAAGUACCACUAUGCUAAUAUGGUUAUCUUUAAGGUGUCGAAGGCGUAGUCUCUAUGCAUGUGGGUGCACGCCAUGUACAAGUUCUACCACGUCAACAAGGCCGUCGCGCCCAAGAAGGAGGCGCUGGAGAGGGCCACCAGGGACCUCGCCAUCGUCGAGGCGAUGUUGGCGAACGCGAAGGCUAAGAUGAUAGCGCUGCUGGAGGGCAUCGCGAAGCUGAACGCGUACCUCGUGGAGAAGGAGGAGGAGCGGAAACGGAUGGAGGAGGACAUCAACCUUUGUCUCGCCAGGAUGGACCGCGCCAACAGAUUGUUGAACGGGCUGUCGAGCGAACGCGUCAGAUGGAUCAAAACUAUCAAAGACUUGAGCGUCGCGAUCGUCAACUUGAUUGGAGAUAUAUUGCUCAGCGCUUGUGCUGUGGGCUACAUCACACCGUUUACUGACGUUAGAAGAGACCUCCUGACACACUGGAUUGAUCACUUAGUGAAAGUGAAGCUACCGCACUCGCCCGGCGCCACGCCGCUCUCCGUGUUGGGCGAUGCUGUGCAGAUCAGGACAUGGCAGAUGUACGGUCUCCCGCGCGACCCCAUGUCUGUGGAGUCCGCAGUACUGAUGUCCAACUCGCGACGCUGGCCGCUCAUCAUCGACCCGCAGACGCAGGCCAAGUGGAUACGGGCUAUGGGCAAAUUGGAAGGCCUAGUGGUAUGCAAGCCCAACGACCGCGACCUGCUGCGGAACUUCGAGUCUGCGCUCAGGUUCGGGAAGCCGAUACUACUGGAGAACGUCGGCCAAGAGUUGGACCCCGCCUUGGACCCAGUACUGAAGCGUCAAUACUUCCGUCAAGCGGGCCAGCUGGUGCUGAAGCUGGGCGACUCCCUGAUCCCCUUCAUGGCGGGCUUCCGACUCUACAUCACCACCAAGCUGCCCAACCCCAAGUACACGCCAGAGACCUCCGUCAAGGUCAUGGUCGUCAACUUCGCGCUGGUGCCCAGCGGGCUGGCGGAGCAGCUGCUGUCCAUCGUGGUGGCGCAGGAGCGGCCGGAGCUGGAGGAGCAGCGCGGCCAGCUCAUCGUGUCGCGCGCGCAGAUGGCGGCGCAGCUGGCCGAGAUGCAGGCCGACAUCCUGUACGGCCUGUCCAACAGCGAGGGCUCGCCCGUCGACGACCUGCCGCUCAUCCUCACGCUCGAGGCCAUCAAGAUCAAGAGCGCCGAGAUCAUCAUAAAAGUGGAGGACAUCGAACGCACUACCCUGGAGAUAGACGAGGCCCGCAGCGGCUACGUGCCGGUGGCCAACCGCGGACAGAUCCUGUUCUUCUGCCUGUCCGACAUGUCCAACGUGGACCCCAUGUACCAGUACUCGCUCGAGUGGUUUGUCAAGCUCUUCGUCAGGUCCAUGGCUGAGACCGAGCCCAAUGAGGACAUAGUGGAGCGCGUGGACGUGAUAAUAGUCCACUUCACGUUCCUGCUGUACCAGAACGUGUGCCGCAGCCUGUUCGAGCGCCACAAGCUGCUGUUCGCGUUCCUGCUGUGCGCGCGCAUCCUGCUGGACAAGGGCGUCAUCAGGAUCACCGAGUUCAAUUACUUCCUCAACGGAGCCAAACUCGAUGCGGAGAAGCCCAACCCCGAGCCCAAGUGGAUCUCCCCCCGCAUGUGGCUCGAGAUGCAGCAGCUGGCCACCGUGCCCACCAUGCACACCUUCCUCGAGGACUUCCACCACCACUCCAAAUACUUCAAGACCUUCUACGACUCUUAUACUCCGCACAAACUGCCGUACCCGAAGCCGCUGGACAGCCAGCUGGACGCAUUCCAGAAGCUGCUCGUCCUCAAGUGCGUUCGACCUGACAAGCUCAUACCUGGCUUACAGGACUACGUGGUGAUGGGUUUGGGUGCGCGCUUCGUGGAGCCGCAGCCGGCGGACCUGGCGGCGCUGUACGGGGAGUCCGACCCGCUCGCGCCCAUCAUCUUCGUGCUCUCCACGGGGACCGACCCCGCUGCUGAUCUGUUGAAGUUCGCGGACAAGAUGAAGAUGGGCAAACGUUUCGAGAGUAUCUCCCUAGGACAGGGUCAGGGCCCGCUGGCCGAGGCCAUGAUGAGGGUCGGCUGCGACUUUGGCAACUGGGUGUUCUUCCAGAAUUGCCACCUGUCCCCGUCCUGGAUGCCGGUGCUGGAGCUGAACGUGGAACACAUAACUCCUGAGCUGGUGCACAAAGACUUCCGUCUCUGGCUCACCUCCACACCCUCGCCGCACUUCCCCGUCGCCUUACUGCAGAAUGGUUACAAGAUGACAGUGGAGCCUCCUAGAGGCAUCAAAGCGAACUUACUGAAGGCCUACAUGAACCAAGUGCCGGACUUCAUCGACUACUUUAAUUCUCAGGAUAUUAAAGUUCCUAAUUUUAAGUGGUUGUUGUUCGCGCUGUGCCUGUUCCACGGCGUGGUGUUGGAGCGGCGCAAGUUCGGCCCGCUCGGGUUCAACAUCCCCUACGAGUUCACCGACGGCGACCUUCGGAUCUGCAUCUCACAGCUGCACAUGUUCCUCAAUGAAUACACCGAUGUGCCUAUCAGGAUGUUGACGUACACCGCCGGGCACAUCAACUACGGCGGUCGCGUGACCGACGACUGGGACCGACGCUGUCUGCUCUGCCUGCUCGGAGACUACUACACCACGUCCGUGCUGACCGACCGGUGUAUCUUCGACGAGAGCGGGGCUUAUAGACAGCAACAAUCAUCGUCGUCGAUCGAGGACUACACGCGCUACAUCCGCACUCUGCCGCUCAACGACGACCCCUCGCUGUUCGGGCUGCACCCCAACGCCAACAUCAGCUACGCCAUGUCCGAGACUCAUAACUGCAUCGCGACCCUCCGCGACCUGCAGCCGAAGGAGAUCGCGGUGGCUGGCGGCAUGUCCAUCGAGAUGAUGACGGAGCUGGCCGCCAAGGACAUCCUGCACGUACUCCCGGCGCAGCUCGACACCGCGCAUAUCGCUGCAAACUACCCGGUGUCUUACAAGGAGUCUUUGAACACGGUGCUAAUACAAGAGGCUAUCCGCUACAACAAGCUGCUCACCGUCAUCAACCAGUCGCUCAAAGACCUGCUCAAAGCCCUGAAGGGUCUGGUGGUGAUGUCCGAGGCCCUAGAGAACAUGACGGAUAGCCUCGCCAAGAACCUGGUGCCGGUCAUGUGGAGCUCCAAGGCUUACCCUUCACUGAAGCCCUUAGCGGCGUGGGUGAAGGACCUGUGCCUGCGCGUGCAGUUCAUGAAGGACUGGGAGGUGAACGGCAUCCCCAAGGUGUUCUGGAUCUCCGGCUUCUACUUCCCGCAGGCCUUCCUCACCGGCGCGCUGCAGAACUACGCCCGGAAACACGUCAUAGCCAUCGACACUGUGGCAUAUGCCUUCGAAGCACUGAACCAGCCUCCUCAGAAGAAGCCGGAGGACGGUUGCUGCGUCCGCGGACUGUACCUGGAGGGCGCUCGCUGGAACUCCGGGGACCUGUCGCUAGAGGAGAGCAAACCCAAGGAACUGUUCACCGAGAUGGCGAUAAUCUUCAUGAAGCCGGAACAGAACCACCGCCUGCAGCAGAACCUGUACGAGUGCCCCACGUACAAGACGCUGCUGCGCGCGGGCACGCUGUCCACGACGGGCCACUCCACCAACUACGUCAUGACCAUCGAGCUCAACACGCACAAGCCGCAGGUGCACUGGAUCAAGCGGGGGGUCGCGCUCUUCUGUGCUCUAGACUACUAAUAUUACCCUACGGGGGAGACGGGUUUUUGGAAUCCAAAAAAUACCCCUUUUCAAACAAAUUUAUAGGUUUGAUUUGAUUAUCUAUGCCAGAUCUGAUUUGCAAAGUUUAAUUAUCCAUGCCGUUAGCCGCAGGUAUGUUGAAUCUAGCUAAGAGAAAUGAACUAUUUGACUGCAAAUUGUUUGCUGUCGUAUUACAGAAGUUCGGGUUUAUCUGAAACUACUGAUCCAACUAGAUUCAAUUUUAAUAGGACGAAUUUACAAUCUAUUUUUAUGGUAACCUUCGUGAGAAUGAUUAACACCGAAACUAGAUAUUUGUACACCACUAACACGAAUAAAACAGCCCAUCUCCAAAUUUUCCCCUAUACAAAAACUACAAACAGAGUAUGGCACCUAAGGGCGACAUUUCGCCGUACGUCAAACCGCCUUGCCAAUUAGGCCUUAUUAUCUACGUAUCUUUGACUAGUCUGUAGAGCAACGCGUUACAAGUUCCAUUUUGUCCAGCUGUAAUAAUACGUUGUUAUUAAUAAUAAUUUUAAUCAAUAUUUAAUUGUUAUGUUAUUUCGUUGUUAAAUAAAUAAAUAAUAUAUAAAAUAUUGUUGUAUUCUUUACAUGUUAUAUCCCAUUCUUUACCUCACUCAUGUCUAAAAAAUACCGCCAUCAUAAAUGUACCACAGAUUCACUAUAAUAUUAAUGAAGGAUGUGUGAAUUAGCGGAAGUUUUA